ACAGUCUGACAAAUGUAUUUGAGUGUGGCUGUAUGGACGAAAAAAAAAAAUACAUCGGAAGACCUUGCAGUUGUACAAAAAAAUUAACGCGAGUCGCACUCAUUUAGUUGGUGGAUGCGAUAAGGUUGAAAUAAAUCGACACUUUUUUGAGGAUUUUGGAUUGAAUUUUUAAGUUCAUUUGACUGGAAUUAAGUUAAAGAACUGAUUUAAAGUGAUUGCAAAAAAAAAUUAUAAAAAUUCCAAUUUUAAAUUCACUUUGAAUCCAAAAAAUCUACAAAAAUUUUAAACAUUUCCUGCUCAUCUGCACACAGAACAGUAACAACAACAAUAGAACCUCAUUCAAAAUCACCUCUAUGUGUGCAAAAAAAAUUGUAUGUACAUCCGUGACUGUAUUGUAAGUGAUAAGACGCAUUAGACACAGACAUUGCACACAUCACAUGAAAAUAACAUCUACAAAAAUAAUUCAUCUAUCAGGCUUCCCAAAGUUCACAUGACUACAACAAUUCAUUCAGUCCAACUGGUUCAUACUUUCUACUCUACUUGUCAUUGAAACAUCAACUGAGCACAUACUUAUUGAUGAAUUAAAUAACAAGAUUGACUUUGAUCUACUUGGAAGUUCAAGAAAUGUAAUCCCUACCAGAACCUAAAACAUACAACCUUAAAAAAUGGCAUCAUUAAAGCCUAUCAACCCAAAUUUCAUCUACACAAUCACAUAUUCUCAAUCAGAAUCAGCAUUAUGUCUUAUCGGCUCAACAUAUAAAACAGUCACAAUCUCAGGACAUGAUAAUCACAGUCAUCCAUCAAUCCGUGAAGCAAUCGAUCUUAUUUCCAAUGAAAAAUUCUCACAAAAUUUCUUAAAAGCUGGUCGAGCAUUUGUGAUAAAUGUGCAAUGUCGGGGUUCUUUAUUGCCACUGGAUCCUCAGCAAUUGGCAGUGCUGGUUAAUAACUAUAAGGACAGACCGAUGAUAUUUUAUUUUGAGAGUCAUGAGAGUGGAUGUUGUGUAUAUUACAAGGACAAUUCAGUCAUCAAAUGUGCCACAAAUAUUUCAACAAUUUUCAUCGACGAAUUUUAUAAUUCAGAAUUUUCAUUUGAGCUGCUUUUGAGGGCAAUGAGGUCUAAAUUUGGCGGGAACUUUUCUGAAAAAUUUUCAGAUCUACAGUUGAAUGUGAUGCCACUUGUGGAUGAAUGGAGGCUCAUUGACUUAGCUGUGCUGGGGAAUAAUCAGUUGUGCAUUCGGUUCCUUCAAUUAUUUGAAAAUUCCUUAGACAAUGUUGACAAUUUCAGCAUUAGACUCCUUCAAAAUGCAGCUAGGAUGUGCAAUUUCGACUCAAUGCUAGCAAUUUUUGACCUGAAUUUCGAGCAAAAAGAUUUCGGACUGAAAAUAAAUCGAGACUUGCUGAAUGUUAAAGAUUCCAGUGCAUUUAAUCUCUUGAUGAUCUCAGUUGAGUGUGGCAACGUCAGUGCGACAAUUUUCUGGCUAAAUCUAAACUUUUUUGAUGUCAAUUAUGAAAUAAAUGGAACUAAAGCUGCAGACUUGGCAUGCAAACUAAAAAACUCCGAGAUUCUUCUUAUGCUUCUUCAAAAUGACUCAAAAUAUCCUAAAAACUACCAUAAAAUUGACAAGUCUGUGGAAUUGCAGAUGUUCAGUAACAAGAUUAAUGAAAUUCAUGAAGCCAUCAAGCUUAGUGACAUUAAAAAAGCCAAGGAAGUCCUUUAUAAUCUAAAACUUCGAUACUAUUUUAACGAAUUUAACAAGUCAGCAGCAUUUGCAGCUCUAGAAAAUCGAGAAUUUGAGAUCUACAAGCUCUUGAUGAUGAAUAACUCGACUAUAGGCAGUCAUGAGGAUCUAAUGGACUUAAACCUUGACGAAGAAGCCAAAGUAAUUGUCAAGUUCAUCCACGAUAGAUACAAAAGUGCUUUAUAUGAAAAGUGUGUCCUGGACGUUGAAAAAAGGAUUAAAUGCCUGAACAUCCUUGAGAUCCACAGACAAAAAUAUCAAUUUGAGGUUAGGAAUUCCUUAAAUCUUCUCUUUGAUGUCGAGUCAUUCAGACCAAUUUUAAGGAUCAUCGCAGUUUCUGAUGUGGAUUUCAUUCUUGAUUUUGAGAGAGACUCAGUGAAUUAUUUGGAUCCAUCCGAAGGUCCUGGAACUCGUGGAUAUUUUGCUAACUCAUCGAUCUUCAUUGCCUGUAAAAAUUUGCUGACUGAUGACCAGAAAAACUUAUUUCUUGCAACUUUAAUCCACGAAAUGACGCACUUUGUGGUAAACUUUUUGUAUGGCAAUUGCUGUCGACCGUUUCACAGUAGUGACGCUAAGAGAGCAAAGGACUUCCAUGAAGUCUACGAAUCAUGCAAAAAAUAUUCAAAAAGUGAGAAAAUCAUUGACGCAGUCUAUGGAUAUGAGGAGAAAUUGAGGUAUUCAGAGCUGAUUGUCAGGCCGAAUCACUUGAUUGCACACUACCUAGAUAAUGAGGAGAUGAGGAAGGAAUGUGAAAUGAACUUUCCAGAAUUAUUCAAAUUUUACAGAGAACGAAUCCAUCCAGACAUGCUGAGUGCUCUUGGAUGGCUUGAUGGACAUGAAGAAAUUGAUCAAAAAGUUCCAAAGAAGAAAAGAAAAGUCUCAAAAAUCCACAAAGACUGCAACUUUGAUUUUGAAGCUCAAAAACUUUUGGAUGGUCCAAAAAAGUUGAAAAAGUUUUCAAAAUUUCAAUUUUUGAAAAGAAAUUCCAAAUUUUUUGCAACAAUUUUUGGAGCAUUUUUCACGAUUUUUGUGAUUAUUUUUGGUGCUUUUAUUUGGAAGUUUUCACAAUCUGGAGGUCAUGAGUUACCUAAAGCACUCAGACUUAUGACUCCAAAAUGCACCAACAUCACAAAUCCAUUGACAAGCUUAAUAUCGCUCAAAAAUCUCACAGAAAUUGAAAAUUUCAUCGACAAUAUCAAAAAUUCAGCUCAAAAUCCAACAGAAGAAUUCAAUAAAAUAUUCAGCAUCAACAGCACAUGCAAUCCAAUUACAAUUUCAAUCGAAACUCAUCCAGAAGACAUGAAUUUUGUCAAAGACAUGAUUGAUGUUGCUGAGGAUGCUUUUAAGGAUUGUAAAGGGAGCUUUAAGAAGCUUUUGGUUCAAAGUUUUAAGUAUUUGAGGGAAAAUUGUGAUGAAAUUAAUGAAAUUUUUGAUUUUGUGAAUGGAAAGUUGACUAAAUUGUUGGAUUUUAAGGAACAUAGAAGUUUUGUGGGUGGGAAAUUUGAGGAAAUUGGCAUCAAGUGUUGAGUUUGUGAUGCUGGAGAGUGGGAUUGCUCAAUAAAUCAGGUAAAUUAAACUAAAUAGUUGGAUGAGAAGAAACUAAGCAGGGGUGAAGCCUUAGCCUAUUGGAAAAUUAACUGUUGCUGACCCUUCCUUAAAAAAAAUCAAAAUUCUAAAAACUUUAUGUGAUUAUAAAACGGGUAAUCUAUUAAAUAUUAAGUGUAAUCUAAUUAUAAGAAAAUUAAAAUAACUGAACUUUAUAGUUCCUAUUAUGUUGUGCUUGUUUUGAUGUAAGAAUACAAAAUUUAUUUUUAUUUUGCAAAUUUGCCAUUGAAAUUGUUAAAUUUGAAUGAAAAUGAUGAUUAAAAAAAUUCAGGAAUUAAAAAUUAUGUAAAUCAAAAAUCGUUGUUAAAUUUAAGUUUCUU